GGAAAAUGAUAUUGUAUAAACAAUUUAAAAUUUAAGUGGGCCAAACAGGUACUUAAAAGAUUUCUGCCAUUUGUAUUUUGUGAGCCAGUAGUUGUGGUUGAGAAGGCCAACCAAAUACAGAAUUACUCUCAGAAGCAGAUUAAGCAGCAGAUUUUCUGGAAAUACUCAGAGAUUAACGGUAGAUUUUUUACUGCGAUUGUUAGUGACUGGGGAAUGGUGUUGAUACAAGAAGGGAAAGAGGAAGUAGAAGAGAUUAAACAACGGGAGAAGAAGGGAAUGCGACUGGGCAUAUACGAAUUUGGAAGGACUCUUGGAGAAGGCAAUUUUGGAAAAGUUAAGUACGCAAAAAACGUGGAUUCAGGCCAGCCAUUCGCUAUUAAGAUCUUGGAGAAAAAUAGAAUUAUUGACCUCAAGAUCACCGAUCAGAUUAAGAGAGAAAUUGGAACCUUAAAACUCCUCAAGCAUCCAAAUGUUGUCAGAUUACAUGAGGUCCUAGCAAGCAAAACCAAGAUAUACAUGGUUCUCGAAUACGUGAAUGGUGGAGAAUUGUUUGAUCGAAUUUCAUCUAAAGGAAAACUCUCGGAGGCUGAAGGCAGGAAGUUCUUCCAGCAGUUAGUCGAUGGUGUUAGUUACUGUCAUAACAGAGGAGUUUUUCAUAGAGAUCUCAAGCUAGAGAAUGUUUUGAUUGAUGUGAAUGGAAACAUAAAGAUUACAGAUUUCGGCCUCAGUGCAUUACCACAACAUUUUCGGGAUGAUGGAUUGCUGCAUACAACUUGUGGAAGUCCAAACUAUGUUGCCCCUGAAAUUCUUUCUAACAGGGGAUAUGAUGGUGCCACCUCAGAUACCUGGUCAUGUGGUGUUAUCUUAUACGUAAUUCUGACAGGGUACCUACCUUUUGAUGAUCGAAAUCUGGCAGUACUCUAUCAGAAGAUUUUUAAAGGGGAUGCUCAGAUACCCAAAUGGCUGUCCCCAGGAGCUCGAAACCUAAUAAAGAGGAUUUUGGAUCCCAAUCCUCAUACUCGGAUGACUAUGGCUGAGAUAAAAGAAAAUGAUUGGUUCAAACAAGAGUAUGUACCUGUAGAUCCUGUUGAAGAAGAUGAAGAAGAAAAUGUGUACUCGGAUGAUGAAAUAUCAUCAAUUCAUGAGCCGCCCUCAGAUGCAGAGAAAGAUCCAGAUUCACCCACCCUCAUCAACGCCUUUCAGCUGAUUGGAAUGUCCUCAUUUCUAGAUCUCUCUGGCUUCUUUGAGAAAGAGGAUGUUUCUGAAAGGAAAAUCAGAUUCACAUCGAAUCACUCCCAACGAGAAUUGCUUGAAAGGAUAGAAGAUAUGGUAACGCAGAUGGGAUUUCAAGUCCAGAGGAAAAAUGGAAAGUUGAAAGUAAUGCAAGAGCACAAAGGUCAGAAAAGCCCUGGUAGUCUGUCUGUAGUAGCAGAAGUAUUCGAGAUAAGCCCAUCUUUGCAUGUAGUUGAGUUGCGAAAAUCUUAUGGUGAUCCUAUAUCAUACAGACAGCUGUGCAAAAAGCUAUCUAGUGAUUUGGGUGUACUGCAAAGCCAGGAGCUUCUAGCCACAGAUCUAUGACAAUUGGAUAGAUAACGAUGAUGCCAAUAAAUCAGAUUGUCAAGGAAUAUUAAUCAUUCGAGCAUUUAUUCUAUUGUUUCUGUCCAAUGGCAAAGAAUUUAGUGAGCUGCUUGGCCGAGAGAACAGAAUGCUGGGAGUAAUAUUAGGGCGGUAAACAUCAGUAGAUGGAAGCAUUGGAUGGAACUGAGCAUUUCGUUUGUAAAUGUCGAACAGCAUAUUAUUCAAAUGAGCUUUCAGCUUACAUUAUCUGCGGUUCUUAAAAAAUGUAGCAGGUGUAUGUUAUACUUGCAAUAUUGCGUCUCCAGCAGCCUUUUCAUCUUUCUUCUUAAGGAGAAAAAUGAGUUCUAUCUUCAGCA